GUUCGUUUUCCUUUAUAGGGGGUUUGUCUGUUGAGAAAUACCACGAGAGAGAGAGAGAGAGAGAGAGAGAGAAGAGAAAAAGAGUUUCAGUUCGUUCAAUCACACUGAUUGAGAGCUCUCUUUUGUUAAAUCAUCUAUAUCUUCUUCUACCUUCUGCGUCACCCACAAGAAAAACCCAAAUUCAGAAGAAAAAAAAAAACAACAACCAGUCGAGCAAUUUAAUCCCAGGAUAAACAAAAGUGACCCCUAUCCAAAAACCCUUUUGCCCACAGUUUUUGGUUUGAUGGAUCUACAGAUCUAACGCGUUAAUACCCACAUGUAUUGUUCUGUUUCAUUUAGAUCUCCAUCGUUUUCAUCAGCCACGAUUCAGUAGCUGACCUCAACUCAUCAAACAGCCUAAUUUUACACUUAGAUUUUUUGUUCUUCAGGAGAGGAGGCUGGUGGUGGGGUCUUUGGUUGGGAGUGAUAUUGCAUCCAUUUUGGAUGUGGAAGCAUUGGAGGCUGGCCCAGGUGAAAUGAGGGAUGUUAUCAAGGUUGAUGAACUUUCUGAGGGCCUGCUGGCUGCCAUCCUCGGACCGAUAUGUACAGCCAGGUUCGGAUGCAGCUGGCAGACAAGAUGGGUUACUUUGGUACAAAGACACCGGGCAACACUUGAAUGGUGAAUUUUCAAUGGCUGUUGUACAGGCCAACAGUUUGCUUGAGGAUCAGAGUCAGGUUGAGUCUGGUCCCUUGAGCACGCUGGAGUCUGGCCCAUAUGGCACCUUUGUUGGAAUAUAUGAUGGUCAUGGCGGUCCUGAGACCUCCCGCUACAUCAAUGAUCACCUAUUCCAGAAUCUAAAAAGGUUCACGUCAGAGCAACAGUCCAUGUCAGUAGAUGUGAUACGGAAAGCAUAUCAAGCAACAGAAGAGGGAUUCCUCUCUGUUGUUACCAAACAGUGGCCUAUGAAACCCCAAAUUGCAGCCGUUGGGUCUUGUUGCCUUGUUGGUGUGAUCUGUGGUGGCACCCUUUACAUUGCCAAUGUUGGUGACUCCCGAGCUGUGCUGGGGAGAGUUAUGAAGGCUACUGGGGAGGUUCUUGCCAUCCAGCUGUCAUCAGAGCACAAUGUGGCCAUAGAAUCUGUCAGACAGGAGAUGCAUUUGCAGCACCCAGAUGACUCACAUAUUGUAGUUUUAAAGCAUAAUGUAUGGCGCGUAAAGGGUUUGAUACAGGUUUCUAGAUCGAUUGGUGACAUAUAUCUGAAAAAGGCUGAAUUUAACAGGGAGCCUUUGUUUACCAAGUUUCGCUUGCGUGAACCUUUUAAAAGGCCAAUUUUAAGCUCUGAACCAUCGAUCUCUGUACAUGAACUUCAACCACACGAUCAAUUUGUCAUAUUUGCUUCUGAUGGGCUGUGGGAGCACCUUAGCAACCAGGAAGCGGUUGAUAUAGUUCAAAAUCACCCACGCAGCGGAAGUGCUCGGAGGCUUGUGAAAACUGCCUUGCAGGAAGCAGCCAAGAAAAGAGAAAUGAGAUACUCAGAUUUGAAGAAAAUAGAGCGUGGUGUCCGCCGGCAUUUCCACGACGACAUAACAGUCAUAGUCGUAUUUCUUGACUCAAACCUUGUGAGCAGAGCCAGCUCAGCUAAGCCCAGUUUGUCUGUGAGAGGACGCGGUAUUAAUAUACCUGCAAAAACUCUUGCCCCUUCCAUGGAAACCUGAUGAAGCCGGCUCAUGUAAUAUUGUACCUAUUGUUGAGUCCUUCUGAGAGCUCCGGUGAACCAUCAGCUUGUAAAUCCAAGAGAGACAAGGGAAGGUGCAGUCAAUUUUUUUUCACUGUACAAUGUAACAAUUAACUUGAACAUGUAAUUUACUUUAGUUUCUGAGAUCUUGAGCAGAGGUAUAAGGAAAGAAUCAAAGAUGUAGAGCUUCCAAGGUGACAAACACGAAGAUUCUUUCUUGUGGAAAUCUUCUCUGCGAAUUCGUCUUCUGUUCUAUUUUUCUUUGUGUACUUCAUGCAGAGCA